GGUAAAAACGGUACACCCGGAAGUGUCUUAGGCGUGCGGGCGGCGCGCUGCCGGAGGCCUCACCGCUAUGGGCCGCAACAAGAAGAAGAAGCGAGAUGGCAACGACCGGAGGCCGAGGCUCGUUCUCAGCUUCGACGAAGAAAAGCGGCGGGAGUACCUGACCGGCUUCCAUAAGCGGAAGGUAGAGCGGAAGAAGGCAGCCAUUGAGGAGAUCAAGCAUCGGCUCAAGGAGGAGCAGAAGAAACUCCGGGAGGAGCGCCAUCAGGAGUACUUGAAGCUGCUGGCAGAGAGAGAGGAGGCUCUGGAGGAGGCAGACGAACUGGACAAGUUGGUGACAGCAAAGACAGAGUCGGUGCAGUAUGACCAUCCCAACCACACGGUCACCGUGACCACCAUCAGCGACCUGGACCUCUCGGGGGCCCGCCUGCUUGGACUGCCCCCACCCGAGCAAGCGGCCGGGCACGGGUCCGAGGAAGAGGCGUCAUCCACGGAGAAGCUGACCAGAGCCUUACCCAGGAAGUCCAGAGAUCCCCUCCUGUCCCAGCGGAUCUCCGCUCUCACGGCUUCGCUGCAUGCACACAGUCGCAAAAAGGGCAAGAGGAAACAUCCCCGACGGGCCCAAGACUCCACCAAGAAGCCCCCGAGUGCCACCCGUACGAGCAAGACCCAGCGCCGCCGGCUGACGGGCAAAGCCCGGCACAGCGGAGAGUGAGCCCCGAGAACCAGGCCACGCUCCAGCCUGGGCUGUCAGGGGCCGUCCUGUCUCCGCUUGGCGGUCCCAGGAACCCAGCACUGCGGGAGUGACUCUGCGGCCCCGGCUUGGGAGGCAGUUCCUCUGUGGCCCAGAGCUUGGACGCUGGAAGGGGGCAGGCAGCUGAGAGCUGGCUUCCCUCAGGAGGAGACUUCAGAGCCAAGUCGGGGGCAUCUGCCUUAGUGGGAAGGCUUCCCACUGAGCCGUCCUCGGAUUUGUGAAGCUAAGUGCCCCUGUGAUCUGUUUGUCCCUGACCCUGGUGCCACGUGCCCAGGGCAGGCUUCUGAGGGGGUGGAACCUGUCGGGGAAGUGGGUCUGUCCUCACCGUCCAGCAGUCUUCCCCGUGGGGGUGAAAAGGUCGCGUUGGGUCUGGGCCCCCUCACCCGGGCUCCAGGCCCCCUCACCCGGGCUCCAGGCCAGCAUAACCACUGCUAGGGUCCGGAGUCGUCCUGCUGCUCUGCGAAGCGGGCCGCCGAGGCAGGUGGCUGAGCGUUGCCAGCCUCUGCCCGUUACCGGCUGAGGCUGUGGGUCCGUCCCUUCUCCGUGGCCUCCUUGGUCCCCUCAGCUGAAAUCGAAGUGCUGGAAGCAGAUGAGUUCCAGAGCAUUCCCCACCCCCAAACUUGGGCAUCCUCCCCAGGCUUCCAGCAGCUCGCGGAGAGUCACCGAUCAAGGCGUGAUUAACCCCUUUUAAAGAGAAUGUGUCUCGACUCACUCGAAAGCGUGGCGGUUCCCAGGCAGACCCGUCAGGAGGCCCGCGGGUGUUCUGCAAGGCUGCCGGGUUUUCACGCUCCCUCGUCCCUUCCUUGUCUCCGCUUGUGAGUGAGCCGCCUGACCCCCAUCCCCUGACCGAGCAGGGUGGAAUCCUGCCUGCAGCAGGUAGAUAGACGUACGGUGAGGACCGCCGGAGCACCUGUCGAGGAACCCCGUGAGCCGCCACCACCCUCUGCCGCUCGCUGGCUCCUGGGAUUCUGGCCCGGAGCGCAGGACCUGUGACCUGGCUCUUCAGCCCCUUCCACCUGCUCUCUCUGCUGCCUCCCGGUUCUCGGGGGUGGGGUGACUCCCUCCGCCCGGCCGACUCCACCCUGGGCAGAGGGUGGGGCCCGCCGGCAAGCUCUCCAGGUGGUUCUAGCGCUCAACCCAGGGCAGCGAGCGCCAGCCUGGCCCUCACAGGCCUCCGGGAGCAGAACAACACCCCGGGUCCGAGGGAUUCGUGCACACAGCAGGGCUCGGGUUCAGAUCCUGGCUCGGCCGCUUGGCCUCCGUGUGAGCCUCGCCGGGCUGACCUCUCUGGGUCUGUCGCCAUGCGUAAGAUGGCAAGACGCCUACCUCUUAGGGCUGCCCUGGGGCUGAAGGGAGCCACUUCCCAGGUGCACCUGCAGGGUGCCUACGGCUGCCGCUGAGACAUCUGACCCACGUCUCGUCUCCCAUCCCCAGAGACACGGGGUCACUCACCACCCACAUCUACGGUUUGUGCUGUUUGCAAGUAUUAAAUUCUCAGCCACUCUC